ACAAAAUAAAUGAAAACAAUUACAAAUUGAAAAUAGAAUGAAUCAUAUCGCGAAAUAGAAAAAAACAUCAUUAUCAAAUCAUUGAUUGACUUGCAAACUGCUGGAAAACUGUCAAAAAUGAAUAAAAUCGACGCAAAAGAAGAAAAAUACACAAAUAAAAUUAUUAAAAAUAUUAUCGCAAUUAAUAAUAUUGAUUUAGACGAUUUUUUUUAUUUGGAACAAGAUUUGGAUUCUUACGAAAAGGUGUCAUUGAUAUUUCUAUUACUAAAUGCCGCUGAUAGGAAUGAGUAUAGAUAUUUUUUGCAACAGUUAUUGUCGAUUGAUAAGGAAAAACCGACGGAUUUAUUGAGAACAUGGGCCAAGGAUAAAAUUGAUUGGAAGAUUCAUAUACUUGAAGCGCUUUGUUUGAUUCAAGCUAAAUAUGUUAUACAUAAACUAGGGUUGGACUAUGUCGAAUUGUGUGAACGAUUUCUACCAUUGAACUACUACACCACCACACAUGUUCACCUAAUCGUUAAGCUUCUUUAUUAUGUAUGCGAACAAUUGACCAUUAGAGAAAGUAGAAAACUCAUCGACUAUAUGCAAAAAAAAUAUCCAAGCGUUCGAAACGUCAACUAUUCGGACAAUGGAGAUUAUAUAGAACUUUAUUUUAUGCAUUGGAUUUUGGAAAAGAAUGUUAUUGAUGUUGGUCAAACGAACCAAAGGUCGAAUGUUCCAGAAUGUUGUAAUUUGGAACCGAUUAUUCUAUGGUUAAAAGAGAAUGAAUUUGAUUCGUUGAAUGAAAUUGUGAAGAAUGUCACAAAAGAAUUCAAUGGUAGAGUCCAAACGGAUGACAAACAAGCAACAACUGUUGAAGAAACCUUUGCAAGUUUGAAAUUGCCGGUUGAUGGAUCGAAAUCGGCCUAUAAAAUUCGCAAAGACUCGGCCGGAAUUGUGUUGAUUAUUAAUCAGAAGAAUUUCCAUUUUGAUGCGAGGCCCGAGUUCAAAGAUUUCUUACCCCGACGUCGAUUAGACACACGCAAUGGUACUGAUCGGGACGCCGAAGCCAUUGAACAAUCUUUCAAAUGCUUUGGCUAUAACGUACGCAUCAAAUGUGAUCGAUUACACACGCAAAUUUUGGACGAUGUACAAACUGUAAUCGAUGAAAGUAUAAAAUACGAUUCGGUCAUUGUUUGCAUUCUAUCGCACGGCCACAAGGGUGUCGUUUACGGAGCAAACAGUGUAGCAGUUAAAAUAGAAAGCAUUGAAAAGUUAAUCAUUUCAGAUAAAUUAAUUGGUAAACCGAAAAUUCUCAUUAUACAGGCGUGCCAAGGAGAAGAGACACAAAGAGCUAGAGAUAUUGGUUAUCUUGCUCAUGACGGCCCAUCAAAUACGCUGCCGGUGUUCAGUGAUUUCUUAACGUGUAUUUCAACUGUCCCGGGUUUCACAUCGAUUCGUCACACUGAACAUGGAUCUUGGUUUAUACAAACGCUGUGCGAUAAAAUUAAGCAAUUUGCUCAUCAAAAACAUUUUCUUGACAUUUUAACGGCGGUCACCUAUGAAGUAUUGAAUAAGCGUGGCCGAGAUAAUGAAUGUAUGGUACCAAUUUUCCAUUCGACAUUGCGUUUGGGUCUUUAUUUUCCCUGCACUACUUGACGGAAAAACACGUUCAUAUUCAUCAUUGUUGGCAUUUAAAAAAAUGCCACCAAAUCAAUUGUGAACAUUUAUUACAUGGCUUAAGAAAAAUUCAAUGGAUUUUUUUUCGCAAUAAAUCUUCCAAUUUGCGUUGGCAAAUGACAUGAUUGAAAGAUAAA